GAAAACCAGGAAGAAGAAGAAGAAGAAGAAAAAGAAGAAGAAGAAGAAGAAGAAGAAGAAGAAGAAGAAGAAGAAGAAGAAGAAGAAGAAGAACUGUUGCGGUUCCUUUCCCUUUUCUUAGUAUUUUGGAAGCACCAUUAACUCCUGCCGUUUCUUUCCUUUUAUUAUUAUUGUAUUUGUUAGGGGUGGACGGCCAGCUCUGAACUCAAAGCAUAAAAAGCGGAAAACAGCAGUACUGUGGCGCAGAAGCUCACCUACACUAACAAGGUGAGUGAACUGUGUUGAUGCACGACACUGAGGUUGGCGCCUGAUCCACAGCUUCGGAUAAGAAGGCUAAGGAAACCAGGUUCAAAACCAUUCUGCCAAUACAUAGUAGAGCUGGACCAGAUUAUUGAGUCCACAGUCUUUUGAGAAACAGUGUCUUAACAGUGUCUCCCUUCAUGAAUCCAGAUAGAUUGCUUUGUGAGAAAUUUUCCAUUUCGAUCAGGUUCAGAGCCCCUUACCAGAUCUGGACUUUGCAAAAUAAAAAGCUGAUACAGACAUUCAGCCAAAGACAACUGGCCAGGGGGAAAUAAUCUAUCUACCCCUGGUUCUAGAUAUGGGCAAGUCAGAUACAGUCAAGUUGUGAAAAAUAGAUGUGUUGGUUCUUAGUUGUGGAUCAGUACAAUAAAUUAUUAGUCUAAUUUUGAGCAAUGUAAUGGUUUAAAUGGUUAAAUGGUUGAAAACACACCUGGGAUUAGACUGAACAAAGAACACUGUGUGAAUUGUGUUCAGCGCUCUCCUAGAACUUUGAACUUUGAGGGUUGAUUGGCUGUAUGUGUAGCUUUACAUGUGACAUUCUCCCUCACUGUGUAGCCAAUCACUGAGGACUGUAGGCAGGACAUUUUUACACAGCCAAGAGUGGUGACUUCAGGCACAGAGAGGCGGUUGUGUAAGAGCCAAAUUAGCACAUUUUAAAAUAAACUUAUUUUAUUGGCUAUUGCUGGAAAAAACGGCUGAUUAUUAUAGUAAAAAUGCUGAAUAUCUGCCGAUAUUGUUGGCUGUGGAGAUUAUUGGUCAAUCCUUACCUUUAAUACCAUAUUUUUGUUUUGUUCAAAUUGUAUUACUAUUGUAUUUCAUUUAAAAAAAAAGCACCAUAAAAGUUGAGUGCACAUUAAAGCUGGUCACAGUGGUCUGUCCAUCGAAUACAAAAAUAAUGACCUGAUAUCGAGAUCUAUUUAUUUUUUAUAUUUUUUAUUAAAAGACAGAGUUCAUUUUUGUUCUUCUACCUGCAGUUAUGAUUCUGGUGGAUCCAGGACUGUAUAUCGGCACUGCAGCUGACCUGAAUGACAGCCAGGCAUUGAUCAAUGCAGCCAUCACUCACAUCCUGUCUGUGGAUUCUGUGGAUCCUCGCUGUCUGCUGUCUGCUCAGAAGGACUUAUGCAUGAAAUGGGUCACUGUUCUGGAUGAAACCACAUCUGACCUCCUGAGCCACAUGGAUGACUGCUAUCUGUUCAUUCAAGAGGCUGUCGAUGGAGGUGGAGCCGUACUUGUUCACUGGUAAGGGUCAGAGGUUAAGAGAUGCAUUUAGUUUAUAUCUUUUUGAUUGACAUGUUACAUUUUAAUUCAUUUAACAUUCAGUUUAAGUACUAAUGUUUAUCAUUAGCACCAUAUUUAGUUUACAAAAGAAAUUCUUUCUGACUCUGAACUUCCCCAGUCAUUCUUGUCCAGCUGUUUUAAGUGUAUGAUGGUGUACAGAUUUUAUGAGAUAGUCAAGUGAAAAUGGUGUGUUUGUGUGUGUGUGUAUAUAUCUAUGUAUGUAUGUAUGUGUGUGUGUGUGUGUGUCUUAGCCAGGCUGGGAGAAGUCGCAGUGCCACUGUUGUCGUUGCAUACCUAAUGAAGCGACACCACCUGAGCUUCGCUGACGCUUACCUCAAACUGAAGAAUGUAAAACAGGAUGUUCAGUAUGUUUGAAUGUGUUCCUACAUUACUUCUUGCAAUUUCCAUGAAUGAACUUUUGUUUAUUGUCUUCAUUUUUUGUACAUUGUCUGCAAUUUGCCACCAGGGGUAAAUAGAAUCACACCUUUUUUCUAUGCGGAACUUACCUUUAAAAAUAGUCAUCAAAAUAGGUUUAAGCAUUAUAGGCCUGAUUUACUAACAGACUGUAUAAAGAAUGGACGUCAUCUGCCUCGCUGGGUGAAGCCACCGCAAGUCCUUUUUUCUGUGCAGUUCAGUUUUUUUAAGUUAUUAGGGGUUCAUGUUUUCUAUAAUCGUCACUUGAUACAGUCUAUGUGUGUACAAAGGUUACGAAGGACAUCUGGGGGUAUGCUGUUUGAGCAGAGUGUCAACACAGCGACUUUCCCUUUGAACCCUACUGCGCAAAUGCUGGUUUCAGAAAAUGGAGAAAAUUCUGAAAAUACUGACAGCCAUUUGGCUCCAAAUUUGUACAAUGAAGGGAGGCAUACUCAAGUUGUCCCUACUAUAUACAUUUUUUGGUUACUAGUGGUUUGCAUUUUUAAAAACAUGCAAACUUUAGAGCACCCUCUAUCUUUUACUUGUUGUACAGCACUUUGAUGGAAAGCGCUUUAUCAAUAAAUUUAUUAUUAUGAAAUAAAAAUACAAGCUGAUCUUCUAACAGAGUGCACUGAAGAUUGUGUCUUUCAAAUGUGCAAGAUGGCACAUGUCCAUUUAGCCUGUUUGCCUAAACUUAUAUGCAAAAUGGGACAUUUUCACUGAAGCAUGCAAAGUGCUGGGGGUAGAAAAUGAAAAAAAGCUAAUUUAGCACACGCUGUAUGAUUUACUGAAAAUAGCUUUGUUAUUUCGACUGCGUACAAAUAUAAUCCCUAUAACACCUAGAAAGAAGCUGCAGCAGGUGACCAGUGUUUCACACAGAUGGCUGCUAUUAAUGUUUGUUAGUGUUGGCAAAUUUUUUUUCUUUUUUUUUAAUUUCUCCCUUUUUUCCUUAGUUUUACAUAUGGUGUUGUCUUUCUCACUGUUGGUGGUUGUGUUUCAGGGUCAACAGUGGUUUUGAGCAGCAGUUGUGUCUGUAUGAAGACAUGAUUUGUCAAGUUGACACCUCCAGUCCUCUAUACAAACAGUACAGACUGACCAAGAUCUCUGAGAAGUACCCUGGUAACAAAACACACCCACAUAAACACACUGGACUUUUUAUACAUAUCCAAGGUUCAAUGUGAACUUUAUUAUUGUUGUGAAGGGCAUUUUGUUAUGCAGUCAGAAGUAACAAAACACAAGCAAGAAAUAACCCUAUAAAAACAAAAAGAAAGAGAAAAAAAACACAUUUACCCAUAAAAGACAAUAGAUUGUUUUUAAAAUGGUUGCCAGGGCGCCAGUUAUUCUUCCACUAAUCAUUAUUCUCCUGCCUGUGUGUGUGCGUGUUCUUUUUGUUUGUUUUUGUGUGUGCUGGCGUGAACAGAGUUGCGUCAAGUUCCCACUGAGCUUUUCGCUGUUGACCCAUCCAACUCAAGCUCUCGUGAAGCGUCUUACAGAUGUAGGAAGUGCAGGUAAACCUUAAAAAGGCUUUUAAAUAUACCACUUUCCCAAGUCAUCUAACCAUUCAAAAUGCCUUUGCAUUACAUUACAACAGGUAAAAAAUCGGAGAUUUUUUUUAAUACAGUGAUUUUCACAUUUUUUUUUACAAACGUGUCAGUUUGUAAAAAAUGUGAUAAUUUACUAUUACAUUUAUUUAAGUUCUUAAUAUUACGAUCUUUAUUUUUAUAACUGCAUUUUUGCACUCUUUGUCUGUGAUGCUGCUGUGACAAAAAAAUUUCCCCCAUGGGGGAUCAAUAAAGGAAUAUUCUAUUCUAUUCUGUUUCAAGUUAGUGCCAGCUAACUGCAGGUACUGAAGUACUGUACAUUGUUUUCAUGUGUUUGCAGAUACUACAAAAUCUGUCUUGCAGGAUAUUAAAAAACAAUUGCUUACUUUAGACCCGACAGGAGCCAACUCUAAAUAUAUAUCUUUCAUAUACACCAUCAUCUAGUGAAAUAAUCACAGCUUUUCCUUUUAAAGAAGGGUGCUGUAUGUAUGGAGAUUUAUAGUGAAGUUGACUUGCAUUGCAUUAUACAUCACCGACACUGGUCAUAAUGAAUAAGGCAGUUAUUAACAACAGUGCAACUGUGAUGCAGUGCACACAGGCGCACUCUUAACUGAUGUGCUUUGUGGCAUAAAAGAGGAUGUUGUAAACUCGGUUCUCAGACUAUGUAUGAUGCACGCAGAGUGGAAAGCAUGUAUCUGGUGCGAGGUGAUGAGAAGCAAUGUCUAUUCCUUGGGUACUAUGAGGACACUGGGUAUUACCCAAAAUAACAGUCCAUUAUCAAAAAUCAUUCAUUACUUCCUAAAAGGGCUGUCAUGGUAUUGACAGUGAGGUUUUAUUUUUAGAUAAAUAAGAAAAUAUAUAUAAAGUAUAAUAUUGAUAUCAUGUUCCUAUACUCCUUUGCACUUGUUUCAAUACACCACAAAACAGAGAAGAGACAAAUAAGCAAAAACUGCCAGUGAGUUAGCUGUAGCAACUCUCUAAAAGAUGAACAGACACUUUUGAGACUGAGAUUCACUCUAAAUCAAAAAGUGUGUUUGUUUGUACAGCUAAUAAAAUUAUGUGUUUCUCCACAUUUUCUACCUGCAAUAUGAGAGACUGUGUUUUAUUUUUAAGAUUUUCAUAAGAAUUAUGAUACUGUUGUUAUAUUUUUAUCAAUCUUUUCCUCAAGAAUGAAUUUAAACAAAAUUAAAAAAAAUUGCUCUGAAUCUUCUCUCUGCAGACGGGCUCUUUUCCGCAGUUCCAGUAUUCUCAGUCACCCUGUUGGAGAUGGAGCAAGGGCCUUUAGUCACAAGAAGUCCAGUAACCUCACUGGUAAACAGUCACUAAAUGAAUCAGUCAAUUAGUCAGUCACUCAAUUAACCAGUCACUCAUUCAGUUAGUUUGUCACACCACACACCACACUUCUUGAAUAAAUCAUUAGUCAAUAAGUUGCUCAUGAUGAUAAAUUAAUAUCUCAUACGUGCCUCAUAUUUGUUUAUUGCCAUGACAUAGGGUAGUUGCUCCUAUUAUUGAAAGUAUUUAGUUUCAAUUUGUUGCAUCUUUGUAAUGUAGAGCAGACUGGAGAGUCUGACAGAGGCUGACCAAAAAAAAUUAUUAGUGUCACCAAACGGUGUGUUUCUGCCCCUGAGGCACAUUUUUAUAUAAUUUUUUAAUUUAAAUAGCAAGAGCACUUUCUAAACUUAUAUUUUACAUCAGAAUCCAUCUAUAAGGUCCUGUCUCCUCUGUACAGCACCUUUGUAGAGUCUCUCCUCGUUAUUGUUCUCCAGGCAUCGGGUCCUCCCGCUAAUUGCACCGGCACAGCCAACGGCACUCCAUUCGCCAGUGCAACAUUGUGCAAAACUGUACUGGCCCAAGUGAAGUCCCACACCCUUUCAGGAGUGUACAACAACGUCCCCGCUGCUGGGUCAAGACAGAGACACCUGCCUUUUAGGAGCCAAACGCAGCGCUCCACAGUGGCGUGUGUGCGUAAUUUCAAACCGGCACCUCUGCUCUGUGGCAGUGUUUCUGGGCAGAGUUAUCAAAUAGGCCUAUUCACCAAGGACAUAACAAAUUUAUUUUAUUUUAUUUACGUCUUAAUCUUUAAUGAAAUCUGGCUGAUUGUGCUUAAUGACAGGUUUGAGGUUUGUUUAUCAAUUAUUUUAAGAUAGACAUUUGCUGCACCGCAGAUCCACACUGACUCAAACUUGCGUACACGAUGUCAGACCUGUCAGGAGAUUUGGUCGUAGUGUACGCUCACGUGCAGAUUGCUAAAUGCCAAUCUUCACGUCAAAAUUUUCGUACGCAAGGUGAACGCAAGUUUUCUGCCAUACGCAAGCUUGAUAAAUGAGGGCCAGUAUGUAUAUACAUAUAUAUAUUUAUAUAUAUUUAUUUAUUUAUUAUAUGUUUAUUAUAUGUUUUGCCAUCUAGGAGAUAUCCAGUGUACGUCGUACUUUAUUGAACCUGUGCAGUGGAUGCAGGAUGCCUUACUUGGAGUGAUGAAUGGUCAGGUAUGGUCCACACACGAUCAGUAACAAACAGGAGAAGAGUAAGAAGAAGAGUAAGAAUUUCAACAAGUAAUCAUUGCCCAACAUGAGAUGAACUGCUUUUUGUAAACUAUGUGUGUAAACUGUGUGAAUUUGAAUGUCUUUGUGUUUGUGUGUGUGUUCCUCUAGCUUAUGUGUCCAAAGUGCAGCUCUAAACUGGGCUCAUUCAGCUGGUGUGGUGAUCAGUGCUCUUGCGGUUGCUGGGUCACUCCUGCCUUCCAGCUGCACCGCAACAGAGUGGACGAGAUUCAACAGCUGGAUAUGAAGAAAUAGCAUGUUUCUGCACACACAUACACACCUCUGCAUCAGUUAGUGCAGUAUCUGAAGGCAGCAAAUGACACAGAUGUUUAAAACACAGCCAAACAACUACAGAUAAUAAAAUCGAAAGGUGUUAAGUCGACAAUGCUGCUAGAUUACUUUGAGAGGAUAAAAAUACAAAUGUAGACUCCUUAACUUCAGAAGGGGAUGAAACUGUCAUAAGUUAAGGGAUUCAAAUAAUCAGAGCUUUUUAAAUGAUGUUGAUAUUUUCUUCAUUUAAUUCCUGAUAGAGAGAUGAUGGCAAAACAGUGUGACAACAUCAAGUGUUCAUCAGACACUUGAGGAGAAUAAUGAACUGAAUCUUGAGCUUCCUUCAGCUUAAUGUUUAACUGUUACGCCCACAACUGUUGCCUUUCAAUAAACUCAUAUUGUUUUUCAUUUGGAGUGUUUUCUGUGUCCAUUUGAAGAAUUCACUGUAACAUUCAGUUUGUAAGAUGCACUUCCAAUGCCCAUCAAGAAAGUGGGCCUGUGUAGCUAGUAUAGAAGUUGAAAGUGCAGGAGGAGAUAUUAAAUUGUAUUACAGAAUUUGACCCAGAAUUAUUACUUAAGGAAAUAAAACUUGUGGAGGUAUUAGUCUUAGGCAGUGCAAAUGGAGGACUACCAGCAGGACUGUUAUUAGCUCCUGCAAGGAGGAUUGGGAGGCGUACUGCCAGAGCCCUACAAAAGGACCUCCAGCGGGUUACUUGUAUGGAAGCGAUCGUGACUCAUAUCUCAAAUUCAAAAGCAUUAGCAGAAAUGCUUUUUCAUUUCAAAGUCAUUGUUGCACUAUAUGUGACUCAAAAGUAAAAAUAAAAAGCAAUAUUCCAAAAUGCAA